CGAUAAUAUUUCCCGUAUAAUCGGUAAUGUGCGGCCACUAGUUUUGCAACAGAUGAUUUUUAAAAAGUAAGAAGUGCGAAAAGUGAAAAUUGAAAAUCUGUUUGGCUAAAUCAACAUUAUUAAAACAAAUAAAAGAAAAAAGGAAUAGCAGCAAAGUGAGAAAAGGAGUUUUUGUACAAGAUGAGUAAGCAUUUCAAAAAAUAUGGAGCACCAAAUCUCAAAACGUCGACCACAGCAAUUCCAAUGAAAAAGGCAAGAUAUGGCAUUGACACUGCCCACCUUGGACAAAACAUUAGUGUAUCCAGUGAAUGCACUAUAGAAUCACGUGGGAUCAGCGUUUCAACGUCGGCCACUAAAUAUACCAAUGAAUCCAACCAAGGCGUGUUUGAAGUUGUUUGCUGCAGCCACUGCAACACGUUUGAAAAGCAGUUACAGGAUAUUGGCAAAAAAUUAGACGACCUGCAAUUGAUAGUCGAAGCACAGAAUACUGCUAUAAUGGAUGCAAUAGCGGUCCAAAAGGUGGCGACUGAGCAAUUGAUUCGCCAAGAAUCAAAAAAUGCACCCAUCACAAAAUAUUUCCCAAUAAGUGACGUCCCAGAAAUGCAUCAGUUGGAGGAAAAAAUUACCCCUACUAACAGAGAUGUAUAUGAAUCUGCGAUGUCUGCUAUUUUAUGCAACAAUCUCAGAAAUAUAAGGCUGCUGUUAAAUAAGGACGUCAUAGCGUCAAUAAACGUGGAUGGUUCACAUGGAAAGAUAAGCUUAAAAUCUUUCCCAAAUUUUUAUGCUUCAUUGACUGGAGCCAUUGCCAAAUUACCAUUUAAGGGAUUGUCGCCGGAGGACGCGCUGCGCAAAGCCAUUGCUUUCGAAAAAGCUAAAUGCUUUAAGAAAGCUUAUCGACAAAAAAAGAAGAAUUCUGCAUCUUAAACUACUACCCCUCCAAUUGUUUUUUUUUUUUUUUAAUAUAAAACUGCAAUAGUACAAAGUUGUAAUAUUUCAGACUUUAAAUUCUGACUUCUUAUUUCUGGACUGAAUUUUUCUUUUUUAAUUUUUAUUAUAAAAUUAUUUAAAAAAUGUGAUUUAUAAAACUCGUAAAGAAACCAGAACGAAUAUUUAUUUUAAAAUUUUCCCAGCUAAAAACUCACAAGAAAUAUUCUCCUAAAAGUUUGUAGCCCAUUUUAUUUCGUUUUUUUUUUCUUAAAGAAUAAAUUUUGUUCACGCGUUAUAUGA